GAGGUAAGGAUCGUCGAUUCCUGCUGGAGUAGAUAUGACGGAAUCCGAGAGGGUUGCAACAACGAUUUCGUUGGAUUUUCCGGCGGAUGAUUCAAGGGAGGUUUGUUCUUCGUCUUCGCCACCAAAGUUACCGAAAAGGCUCAGGCAAAGGCUUCUAGAAUGUAAGAGCCCUUCCACCGCUGAAGAGAUUGAAGCUAAACUCAGAGAAGCCGAUCUCCGAAGACAGCGAUUCCAUGAGUGGUUGUCAAGCAAAGCUCGACCAAAGCUGAGGAGUCCUUCAUGGUCUUCAUCUCAACACGGAGACCUGGGUCAGCGCCUUGAAGCUAAACUCUAUGCUGCUAAACAGAAAAGGUUGAGCAUUCUGGCAAAGGCCCAAAUGCGCCUAGCAAAGUUGGACGAGUUACGGCAAGCAGCUAAAACAGGAGUUGAAAUGCGGUUUGAGAAGGAGCGUGAAGAGCUCGGCACAAAAGUGGAGUCACGGGUUCAGCAGGCAGAGGCAAAUCGGUUGCUUCUUCUGAAGGCUUACAAGCAGCGAAGUGCCUUAGCAAAGGAGAGGAUAGCUCAGUCAUUGUUGCGAAGGAUGGUUCAGGAGAGUAAGUACAAGGAGCGUGUUCGUACUGCAAUUUCCCAAAAGCGUGCUGCUGCAGAGAAGAAGCGGUUGGGAUUGUUGGAAGCAGAGAAAACAAGGGCACGUGCAAGGGUAUUGCUGGUGCGAAAGGUGGCCAUGUCUGUAUAUCAAGAGCGAGAGAUUGAGAGAAGUCAAUUAAAGGAUAAGUUGGAAAAGCGUCUCCAAAGGGCCAAGAGACAAAGGGCUGAAUAUCUGAGACAGAGAGGAAAUCUUCAUACUUCCCCCCGUGUCAAUUGUGAUAAGAUGCACCAGCAGAGUGAUUUCCUUUCAAGAAAACUGGCUAGGUGCUGGAGGCGGUUCGUGAGACUCAGAAAAACUACUUUUUCUUUGGCAAAAUCUUUUGAUGCAUUAGAAAUUAAUGAGAAAUUUGUUAAAGUAAUGCCAUUUGAGCAGCUUGCUCUCAGGAUUGAGUCAUCUGCAACUCUUCAGACUGUAAAAGCUUUACUUGAUCGGUUUGAAAGCCGAUAUGCUAUCGCAUGUGCUAGUGCACCUACCAGUGGAUCCAGUUCAGAUAACAUUGAUCAUCUUCUCAAACGCCUUGCUUCUCCCAGCCGAAGGGGCACACCUGGUACUAUGUCCAGAAGCAAAGCACCAAAGAAAUCAGCACCCGCUGGUGCUGCUAAAAAAUCAGUUAAAUUGUCAAGGUAUCCAGUUAGAGUGGUGCUUUGCGCUUAUAUGAUACUGAGUCAUCCAGACGCAGUUUUCAGUGAGCAGGGGGAGCGUGAGAUUGCUCUUGCCAAAUCUGCAGGAAAUUUCAUUAGGGAGUUUGAGUGGUUGAUUGAGAUUAUAUUAGAUGGCCCCACAUGGAGAGCUAAAGAGGAGUCAUCCACCACAUUGCCAAAAGAGCGGACAUUUAGAUCUCAGCUUGCUGCGUUUGAUGCAGCUUGGUGCUCAUACGUAUAUUAUUUUGUGGUGUGGAAGCUUAAGGAUGCAAGGUCACUGGAGGAAGACUUGGUGAGAGCUGCUUGCCAACUCGAGCUCUCUAUGAUGCAGACGUGCAAGAUGACUCCAGAAGGGAAUAAUUGUAGUCUUACUCAUGAUAUGAAAGCUGUUCAGAAGCAGGUUACUGAAGAUCAGAGGCUUCUCAGAGAGAGAGUUCAACAUCUGAGUGGUGAUGCAGGGAUUCAACAUCUGGACUCUGCUCUCUCAGAGACACGUUCCAGAUAUUUUGAAGCAAAGGAGAAUGCAAGUCCUGUGGCAUCACAAAUUGCACAUAUUUCUUCUCCAAAUUUGCCCAGUUCUUCGGCUUCAGCUGGACGUUCUUCAGUUUCUGUCUCAGAUGGAAGUAGUAAGCUAGUUGAGGGUGGUAGCCGUGUUGUUCGCUCCUUGUUUAAGAAUGAUGCAUCAACUCUGACCAAAGAUGAUGACGCUCCUUCCAGGAGUAUGAAUGGACUGUUUUUGCCUUCUAGUGAAAAUUUGAUUUUGGAGAAUGAACUGCUUGUAAAUGAAAUAAUCCAUGAGCAUCACCAUGCUUUUGCUGAUAGAUUGAAUGUCAAUGAUGAGGAUCAGAGUGGUAUUAAGGCAAGAAUAAAAGAGACAAUGGAGAAGGCUUUCUGGGAUGGUGUUGCAGAAUCUAUGAAGCAGGAUGAGGCCAACUAUUGUUGGGUAGUUGAGCUCAUGAAGGAAGUCAGGGAUGAACUAUGUGAAAUGGCUCCUCAGAGUUGGAAGCAGGAGAUUCUUGAAGCUAUUGAUCUAGACAUUCUCUCUGAGGUGCUGAUGUCAGGAAGUCAUGACAUGGUUUAUCUUGGAAAAGUCCUGGAGUAUGCAUUGGUCACUCUUCAGAUGCUUUCUGCUCCAGCUACAGAAGAAGAGAUGAAGACGACCCACAAGAAGUUGCUGAAUGAGCUGGGUGAGGUAUCACAAGCUGCAGACAAAUCAAAUGCUUCAUUUGUCCUUGCAACGAUCAAGGGUCUGCACUUUGUUCUAGAACAGAUUCAGGAACUAAAGCGGGAGAUCAGCAAAGCACGCAUAAGAAUGAUGGAGCCACUCAUAAAGGGCCCAGCUGGUUUGGAAUACCUUAGAAAGGCUUUUGCAAACCGUUAUGGAUCUCCCUCUGAUGCAUUGACCUCGUUACCACUGACACUCCAGUGGUUUUCAUCUGUAAAACCCAUUGGAGAGCAGGAGUGGGAAGAACACAUUGAUUCUCUCUCAGCUUUGCCAACUCAACACACAAGUUCUUCUCAAGGUCUUCUUCCUUCUACCACCCUUAGAACUGGUGGCAGUGUCCUUAUGUCAGCGAAUAAAAGCCAAGUGGUUUCUUUUCCUCCAACUUCAAAUACUUUUGCAGAUAAUCUACAUUCAGAAUGCAAGGGAGAAAGGCUUGAUUUGUUUGUGAGACUUGGCUUGUUGAAAUUAGCAAGUGGGAUAGAAGGUCUGAAGCUUGAAACUCUUCCAGAGACCCUUAAACUGAAUCUCUCAAGGCUAAGGGCUGUUCAGGCUCAAUUGCAGAAGAUUGUUGUCAUUUCUACCAGUAUAUUGGUUCUCCGGCAAACCCUUCUCAGUGAGGACUUACGGAUCAGUUCAGAGAUGGAUAACUUAGUAUCUCAAUGUGUUGAACAACUCUCUCAGCUCCUGGACCGUGUUGAAGAUGUGGGAAUUGCUGAAGUUAUUGAAAUUAUCAGUGUGGUCCCAGAUGAUGGUGACAAUGUCAUGGAUGCGAAGGUGGUCCAAAAGAGGAAAGAAGUCAUGGCAAGCUUGUUGGUGAAGAGCCUCCAAGCUGGGGAUGCAGUUUUUGCACGCGUCUCCCGGGCAGUUUACCUUGCAACCAGAGGUGUUAUACUUGGAGGAAGUGGAACCAAGGGAAGGGAACUGGCACAUACAGCUCUUCGGCGGAUUGGAGCAGCUGUUCAUACUGGCAGAGUGGUAGAGGCAGCAGAAAUGCUGAUUGUGGUGGCUAUGGUGUCAUCUAACGUUCACGGGCCAUGGUAUACACAUGUGCUUGAUAGCGUCAACUGAUUUAUCCGAGGAAAUGGAUAUUAGGAAGAAAAAAAGCCUUAUAUUAUCUUGUGUAUAAGUAUAUAAGAUUGUGUCUAGUCCAUCGCAGAUGUGUUCAGGGAGAAAGCAAUGUCAUGUAA